AUGGAGACGGUACCGGACAUGGAUGCGUUGCUUGAUGAACUUGAGGAAGUGGUGGUUGGGAACACAAGGAAAGAAUCAAAGCUCCGGGAGAAUAACCCUAAUCAGGCUGUGGUUAUUGAACUCCCCGUCCAUCUCCGAAAAUUGUCAGAAAAAGACUCCGCCAUAAUGGAGACGGUACCGGACAUGGAUGCGUUGCUUGAUGAACUUGAGGAAGUGGUGGUUGGGAACACAAGGAAAGAAUCAAAGCUCCGGGAGAAUAACCCUAAUCAGGCUGUGGUUAUUGAACUCCCCGUCCAUCUCCGAAAAUUGUCAGAAAAGGAAACUAUAAAGAUCGAGUUGAAGCCACCAGAUCCCGCACUUGCUUCGCUGGAUGGAUUCUCAAGGACCGAAACUAUCGCGUUACCAGCAAAAACGAAAUCGAGCGCUUACGAUGACGAUAGCGGAAAGCUUUCUACAUUGUGCACUCAACCAGGAAAUAGCCAUUCCCAUCAAAAGUCGAUCAGCGAUGAUGAGACGCGUACUGGUGAGUCGGAAACCGACACCGACUUUGAGGAGGUUCUUCAAUAUCUGAACCAAUUUGAGGACAAAGUUUCUGAUGUUUCUGAUGUUUUAGAUAACGAGAAAUCAGAUGCUCAUGCGAUUUCUUCUAAUGAACAAAACGAGGAGGACCAUUGCCUUUCUACACCAGAUUUUGCCAAUUCGAGCGACACAACUACGGGUACCCACCUAAGUGUGGGGCCCAAGCAAGAUAACAAGUUCACUGAGCCAUAUUCCGAGACUGAAGAAAAUACCCAGAACUCAGAUGAUGAGUCUCUAGAAACGACGAUUAAUGCAGUUGCCAAAGCGGUUGUUGUUGCCAUUUUGGACACAGUCGAAGCCAGAAUCGAGGGAACUUUCUCGGAAGUCCAAGGAAACGAGAAUUCAGAGGACCAAGAGAGGAGAGACAGCAGCGAAGUAGUUGAUUCCCUGUCAACUUCACUGGUGCAACCAAUUGAGUGUUCUUCCGUCAAGCGAUUUUCCGAGGACAACAGUGUUGUUGAUGUUGAAGAGGACAAGGAAGCUCCUGUGCGUGCUCUGUCCGGAGAGAGCGUAGUUACUGGUAGCACAGACAGCGCUUCUUUCAUAACAGUAAUACAUAGGCCGACGAAAGAACAUCAGAUUCAAGCAUUGAAUGAAGAUAGCAAUCAGAAAAUGGGAGAAUAUCACGAGAGUAACACGCCCAAGUUCAUUCGAGACGACCUGGAGAAAGCUACUGAUGUUGACGCAGAGGUGAAGAAAUUUCAAGAGUGCCAAGACGCCUCGAGCAGACCUGUUGAGCUGCCUCCGCGAGAGCCUGUAAGAGACGAUAUUUCCUCGGUAGAGCUGCCGAGGAGGGAAUCCUCUAAUGAAGUGCUCAACGAGGGUGAUCCCAACACGUUUGUGAAUGUUAAAGUGGAGGAAUAUCCAGUCGACGAGGAAGUUGCGCAGAAUUCUGCACAUGAUUUUGAACACUUGAGUGAACGUGCUCAAGUGGGAAAUGAUUUCGACUAUGAUUCAUCGGAGGGAAGCCGUUCAGACAGGAUACCACAAGGAAGUUCUGAUGGGUUAGAAACAGCUAUCGAGUGUGAAACGAAAGAAGAUGGCUGCCCUUCUCCUCUUGGACAACGUGACCGUUUCGGAGCCCAGGUGAUUUCAACCAUUCAUGACCUGUCGCAAGAUACUGAUCCAACGAGGUUAACAGAGAGUGAGCUCCAACUUGGAAAGUCGAAGCCGUAUUGGAUUCCGGAUGAUGAUUGUUCAAUGUGUAUGCUGUGCAACUCGAGAUUUUCUCUACUCAAUCGUCGCCACCACUGUCGCGCGUGCGGUCGUGUCGCGUGUGGAUCAUGCUGCAAGGAAAAAGCCACCCUGGAGUAUAUGAAGGACGAUCCGAAAAAGCAAGCUCAAGCUCGCGUAUGCACUCCUUGUGCAACAAUGCUGGCUCGGAUCGAGGACUACGAGAAGAUGAUGAGGGAGCAUGCUGAAGUAAGUGCAUCCAAUGAGGCUCCUAUAUCAACGUCAACGUCAGGAGGCAGCCGUGCAUCGCGUGGUGUGCUGAAAACGCGAUCUGCGAGUGUCGGUGAUUCUGAAGCAGAAACCUCUCAGUCUUCAGAUUCUUCUGAGAAGAAACGAAGUGUUGUUUUCCGAGAUGGUGUGAAACCUGGUUCCUCAUCACCAUGUGGAGUAGUGGAUCCUGCAGGAUCGGCUGAGGAAAAGAGUAGCGCCGUGAAGCCCAAGAAGCGAGGCAGGAAACGUCAUGCUGUUGCUCGUCGUGUCGCAGAAUUGCGAAUAGAGGAUGAGUUGGGCUGCGCCCUACCGACAGCGACAAGACCUCAGCUACUGGUUGUGUGCCCAAAUGGAGAAAUCAAUAUGGUUGAAGAGGAAUGGGUCAAUAAUCGAUUGAAAGAAGAACUUCCUGUCAAAGUAGUACUCAAGAAGAAUCUAUCCUGCGUUGUGAAAAUAUGCAAAGGUUUGUGUAUUUUCUUGGCACUUUCAUUAUUUAUUCUGAGUAAAAGAACACAAGUGCCUGGUCUUGUGUACCCUGAGGCCGCAAUCUAG